AGUAAGAAACAGCGAGAGCCUGAUGUAUUCUCAGGAGUCACUGUCCAGCGGCUGCACCGUACGAUAAUCAGCAAUGGCUGCUGAUCCGGGGACCUCCAAGUCACAAGGCCGGGUCAUCACGGUCACCUACCUACUGACUGCCAUCGAUGUCUCUUGUCUGUUUAUGCAGUUUGCAGUGACCCCGUAUCUGGCUAGGAGUCUGGGCUUGGAUACGGUCGGAUUCGGAUACCUGCAGACGGUCUUCGGCGUCCUUCAGCUUGUGGGAGGCCCUGUUUUUGGAAGGUUUUCGGAUCAGUAUGGCCCUCGUGCAGCGCUGACGCUUUCCUUCCUUUCUGCAUCUCUCUAUUAUUUGAUCCUCGCAUUUACCACCAGCAUCCCCUUCUUGUUCCUGUCCCGGGUUCCAUCCAUCUUCAUGCAUGGUCUACCAGGAGCCCAGAUGAUUGUAACGGACCUGACCACGGCCCAGGAACGCGCUGGAGCCUUAGGGAAGCUCGGCCUCUGCUUUGGAUUAGGAAUCAUUGUUGGAUCUUCAGUCGGAGGCUACCUGGCCACCAGAUUUGGACUGUACACCCCCACUCUGAUCGCGCUGGCUGCCAGUCUCAUUAGCUGUGUCAUCGUUAUGAUCUACAUACCGGCACAGACUAAAGCGAAGGAAGAAGGGCGUGCCCCUGAGCGAGGCAAACCCAGCGUCUUCAACUUCGGAGAACUCGUCCGGCUUUUGAAGUAUCCAGGCGUCAUGGCGAUUUUAAUCAUCAAAGUUCUUUCUGGAUUUCCAAUAGGUGUCUUCAUGCUCAUGUUUCCUAUUGUUUCUGUCGACUUCUUUGGCCUUAACGCAGCCACGGCGGGAUACCUGAUGUCCUAUUUUGGGAUUCUCCAGUUGGUUGUCCAGGGAUUCAUGGUUGGACGUCUGACCAGCCGUCUCUCAGAUGACACCCUGCUCCUGUUAAGUGUGGUGGUUGCUAUGAUAGUUGGAUUGGGCUUGGUUGUGAUGACCAAUGUCUACCACUUCUGCAUCAUUGCUGUCCCGAUGGUUUUCACCCUGUGCGUCUCAGGAGUCAUCACUGACAGCAUCUUAACCAAAGCCGUCCCUCCAUCAGAAACUGGAGCGAUGCUGGGGAUCUGCGCAUCUAUCCAGCCCCUCACAAGGACCAUAGGACCCACCAUCGGGGGGUAUCUAUAUAAACACUACGGGGUGCCGGCCUUCGGCCUCUUUGAUAUUAUAGUUAGUCUGCUUUUAUUAUUCUACCUUGUAAAUAGACAAACAAAGCAAAAUGCGGCGAAGAACAACUAGAGCUUCACAUCCCAGGACUUUAUCUAGAUUUUUGCUAUAUAUAUUAAAUUAAUGAUUGUUAAUCUAGACAGUCUUAAAAGAGACCCCCAUUCUCUCAGGAGAAGCCAAUAUAUUAUUUCGCUUCACCUCUGGAAAUCUCAACCGAAGAGAACAGCGUGAAGCCUCAUUCACACGACCGUCUUUUGGUCAGUGAUUUCCAUCGGUAUUUAUAAAAAUAUCUAUUCUUGUCCGCAAAAUGGACAAGAAUAAGACAUGAUUUAUAAUUUUUGCAGGGC